AAGACAUUAACUGCUCCACCUUUGCUGUCGUAUCCCAUGGCGGCUUCCUCUGUUUCCGUUUCUUUCUCCUCUUCUCGCCUCCGAUGGCCGCGCCCCUCCAGUAGCCACCGUCGCCGCGAUCUCCUUCUUCGUUCGCUCGCUCUCCCUCCUUCCUCUCGGCUCUCUUCCCCUCUUCCGUAUGCUUCCAAGAGGUUCUCCACUUAUUCCCAGGAGGCAGUGGCUGUGGUUCCCGACCCUCGGGCGUGGGUUGGCGAUCUCGGCGGCCAAAGUUAUGGGGAGGACGACGACGAUGAUGACGAUGAGGAUGACAGGAGUUUGGAUCUGCUCGCGAGGUUCCUACACAGUGUGUUCCGAAAGAUCUCUCGACGGGCCAGAAGGGCCGUCCGGGCGAUGCUGCCUCCUGCCAUUUCCACUAAAUUGGUGGGGUUCUCGGUCAACGGGGUACUGAUACUGGCGUCCUUGUGGAUUCUCAAGGCCUUCCUUGAGGUUAUCUGCACAUUUGGAAGCAUGGUAUUCAUAAGCAUCCUUCUCGUUCGUGGAAUAUGGUCCGGAAUCUCUUACAUAAGGAUAAACCAAUACAGUUACAAAAACACCAUGGAUGACGAGGACAGCAGAUGGAGUGGUGUGCAGCCUACAUGAUUCGUCAGCCUUUUCAUUUUGAAGUUAAAACUUUAUGCUUGAGUAUGGGGAGAAAUGAGUUCCAGAUCUUGUGUCGAGAGGCAGAAAGAAUCGAAAGACCGUAAAUUCUUAGUGUACUGAUCAUGAGAACCUGCAUCAAUAUCAACCUUCUGUAACAGUCUUGCAUUGCUUUCACGAAAUUUACCCAUUGGAGAGCUAACUCUGCUGCUCUCGACACUGUAUUAUUUACUACAAUUCUGAUAUAUAUGCAAACAUAAUUUGGCAACACAAUCUGGACA